UUUCAUCGCUGGCUCGCCUAGAAAUUCAAGAUGGCGGACGAUGACAGUUUUACGCACAAAACUCCCGGGGAAUCUGACGUGUUCUUGUUCGCUGUGCAGUCUUUUGCUAAUUCCCUUUUUUGUUUUCUAAGAGAUAACGACUUGGUUAUUUUGCUUUGGGUCGCUAUGAAUGCGGCCUGUUUCGCCGUGGGGGUUGUGUACGCUUUCCAGGAUGCUAUGCCAAAUUUGUUAAAAGAUCUCUUUAAAUAUGGGAAGACCGAUCUCUCUAGCAAGGCUAGACGACAAACGGUUGCGUAUAGAUUACUACACGUCCCGAAAAGAUGGUUUACACAUUUCUACCUUGUGGGUCUCCUGUGGUGUAUUUUUCUCUGCUGGGAUACCUGUGUGUUCUGUCACCAUGGGAGUGAUGCAUCAUGGGUGGUGAAAUAUCUGUAUUUCCUUUCUGCCCCUGGUGAUCCCUGGAUGGAUGACAUCACCUCCCUUGCCGUCACACUUGGGAUGUUCUUCAUUCAAGUUUUGCGGCGGUUGCUUGAAUGUCUAUUCAUGAGCAACAUGACAGGGAAUAUUCAUGUGUUGCAUUAUGUGGCAGGAAUAUUGUUUUACAUUUUAGUAGGACUUUCCUUAGUGUUACCUUACUUUAUCUCCCCUCAAGGUUUGGUUCCGCCAUACUCUCUUCAGCAUCCAAAGUGGUUCCAUCUACCAUCUUUAGUACUAUUUACAUGGUCAAGUUUCCACCAAUUCAAGUGCCACCACAUAUUCUACAAGUUACGGGACGAUUCUCAACUCACAUCCAUUCACAAGGUUCCUUACGGGGACUGGUUCACUUUUGUUUCAAGUCCGCAUUACCUUGCAGAGAUACUGAUUUACAUGUCUUUUAUCAUGGUCCAUGGUGGGAGGAACCCUUACACCUGGUUGAUGCUAGGGUUUGUGGUCCAGAACCUCUGUCUUGGGGCCACGGCCAACCAUCACUGGUACAAAGCCAAGUUUAAAAGUUACCCAAAGUCUAGGUAUAGGAUAUUUCCAUUUUUGUACUGAUGAAAGAGGUGUGCAAACCCUGAUGACUUCAUAUUGCAGGUGUAUAGCCAGGUGUAUAGCCAGGUGUGUAACCAGGUGUAUAGCCAGGUGUGUAACCAGGUGUAUAGCCAGGUGUGUAGCCAGGUGUGUAGUCAGGUGUAUAGUCAGGUGUGUAGCCAGGUGUAUAGCCAGGUGUGUAGCCAGGUGUGUAGUCAGGUGUAUAGUCAGGUGUGUAGCCAGGUGUGUAGCCAGGUGUGUAGUCAGGUGUAUAGUCAGGUGUGUAGCCAGGUGUAUAGCCAGGUGUGUAGCCAGGUGUAUAGCCAGGUGUGUAGUCAGGUGUAUAGCCAGGUGUAAAGCCAGGUGUGUAGCCAGGUGUGUAGCCAGGUGUGUAGCCAGGUGUGUAGCCAGGUGUAUAGCCAGGUAUGUAGUCAGGUGUAUAGUCAGGUGUAUAGCCAGGUGUGUAGCCAGGUGUGUAGCCAGGUGUAUAGCCAGGUGUGUAGCCAGGUGUGUAGCCAGGUGUGUAGCCAGGUGUGUAGCCAGGUGUGUAGCCAGUUGUAUAGCCAGGUGUGUAGCCAGGUGUAUAGCCAGGUGUGUAGCCAGGUGUGUAGCCAGGUGUAUAGCAAGGUGUAUAGCCAGGUGUGUAGCCAGGUGUAUAGCCAGAUGUGUAGCCAGGUGUGUAGCCAGGUGUAUAGCCAGGUGUAUAGCUAGAUGUGUAGCCAGGUGUAUAGCCAGAUGUGUAGCCAGGUGUAUAGCCAGAUGUGUAGCCAGGUGUAUAGCCAGGUGUGUAACCAGGUUUCAGGAGAAUAGGCUAGUAUUGGUUCUUGUGACUUUCAUUAAAACAUUCAUGCUGAGAAA